AUGCCACGCCCAGGACGGCCAGGGCGUUCAAGGCGCUCUGAAUCCGUCGAUCACGACUCUGUUCAUUAUGUCAAGGAGAGCGCAGCCCUGACGUCGGUCGAACUCGGCCCCGACGAGGGCGAAUGGCCCUGUUUUGUCCUCUCGGACGCUAUUAUUUAUCGGAAAGAUGGCAAAACACUCGCCAACCCCCUCAUGGUUCAUUCAGAAGGACCUUUGGUGAUUCGCGGAUUGCUUGAAAUCGACGAAGAAACCAAGAAAUGUGUCAAAAUUCCCGUGGUCAAGGGUGUACAUCUCGAAAUCACAGACUCAACCAAGUACUCCAUUAGUGAUGAGCCGUUCGCCCUCUGGGUGUCCGGUACUUCUGGUUGGUUCGAAAUCCAACCAUCCAGGAAGUACCUUCCUAUGUAUCGGGAAGUGGCCGAGGCAGCAAACCUUUACUAUCGUGUCUUUGUUGCCCACGACGAUCACCAUAAGUUGGUCAAGCUCUGCAAGAAAAGCGGAAGAAAGCAGCCGCCCCCGUUGUCUCUCGACCAGAUCUUUCUGCAUUAUGCUGUCAAGAUUGGAAGCGGCAUUGUGAGGGACGAAGUGGAGGCUCUGUGCGACAAGUGGGCCGAGUUCUUCAUCUCGCACUUUAAGAAAGAGAACCAGCUCGACUGGAAGCCGACACAAUUUGCGCAGUGGCUCAUUUCGAAGCACCCGGCAACUAAGGGGCUGCCCAUUCCGGUGCCUCCCCCUCCUCAGCUGGAGGACUCCGAAGACGAGGUCCUUCGGAUGAGAAGGAAGAGCAAAGCGGUUAGCCAAGGUCAAGAUGUUGACAUGGUCGAAGUUGCCCCUACCCGCUCGCAGAAAUUGCCGAGCAGACCCAUUUCGCAGUCUCAGUCAAGGCCAGUAGAAAGUCCGGUACCACUGCCGGAAAAGUACUUGAACAUCGGAAAGCCGACGUCAGCCACGCCCCAGCCACUGCCGCAGGCCCCGGCACAGUCGGCCUCUCCUGCUGCCCAGGCAGUUCCCGAUUCUCCGGUUGAUCGGCUUCUGGGAAUCCUUGAUGAGGUGGUUCAAGAUAGCCCAGAUUUACACGCUAGGGCACCAUCAACGAUUUUCAACAUGGUCUAUUUCAAAGCUAAAAUCAAGGACUAUCAUGGAUCUCGUGAGAUUCUCUCUUAUUACGCCAAAGACUUGUUCCCACGGCUGGACCCGAACAUCUGGGCCGGGACCCCCUUCCAUACGUGGCUCGAGGCAACGUCGCGAAACUGGGACGGGCAGCUUUUGCACGUCAGGGAGGAGGAAAUCCCCUCACAGAUGUAUCGCAGAGGCAAAAUAGGACCCAGAGCCCCGAGGGCACCACAGCAGCCCUCCGCCCAAACUACUUCGAAUCGUAACGUCGUCUCUGGGAAGCGGUCGACGCUGAGGCCAGGGCCAUCGUCGAAGAAGCGGCCAGCUAGCGAUUUGUACGAAGACGAGGAUGAAUACGACAGCCGGGGUGGGAAGCGCAGUUUCACUCAGUCUUUCGAAGGGGACAAUUUGGAUCACGAUGACGGCGAUGAAGACAGCGACGAUUCUGUCGAAACGGAGGUAAAUCCAGAGCUGGCAACCCCCGACGACCCUGCAUCCCUCCUGCCUCUGCCAGCAGGUGCUUCUCGCAUUGUGAUCCAAGCCGAACGUCUCCCAACUUUGUCACCAUCAGGGCCAAACGGCUCGUGGGUCUGUCCAAACGAGGAAUGCGGCUAUGUAGUCCGCUCGGCCGACGAGCCCGGCGCACAAGAGAUCAUCGAGGAGCAUUUCCGGGCUCAUGAGUACAACACGCAGAAAAUUGACCUGGCACUGACGGAGGGGAGGAGGGGCCAUUUGCCUAUUGAGUACGUAGCUUCUCCUUUGGCUUCUAUGCGUGCUUCGUGUAUUGUUAUGUGA